AAGUGGACGUUUGCUGAGAGGCCCGGCUCUGGGUCUCCUUGGCCUUAGGCGGUAGGACUUCCCGCUCAGCAAUGUCCCCAGGCCUCUGGGGGAGCCGCUUCUGCUUGUGGGGGCUUUUCUUGUGGCUCCGCGGCAGCGUUGGAAGCUCAGGGGAUGCACCUCGUACCCCACAGCCCAACUGCACUGACUUCCAGAACGCCAGGCUCCUUCAAGGCACCCAUCUCAAUGUCCGGUUUCUCCUCUUUACCCCUUCGGAUCCUGGCUGUGGGCAGCUACUGGAAGAAAGUAGUGACAUCCAGAACUCUGGGUUCAAUGCCACUCUGGGAACCAAACUAAUUAUUCAUGGAUUCAGGGUUUUAGGAACAAAGCCUUCCUGGGUUGAUAAAUUUGUUAGAGCCCUUCUGCAUGCAGCAGAUGCCAACGUGAUUGCUGUGGACUGGGUGUACGGGUCUACGGGGAUCUACUUCUCAGCCGUGGAGAAUGUGGUUAAGCUGAGCCUGGAGAUCUCCCGUUUCCUCAGGAAACUUCUGGCGCUGGGCGUGUCGGAGUCCUCCAUCCACAUCAUUGGUGUUAGCCUGGGGGCCCACGUUGGGGGCAUGGUGGGACAUUUCUACAAAGGCCAGUUGGGACGAAUCACAGGCCUGGACCCCGCUGGACCCGAGUACACCAAGGCCAGCCUGGAGGAGCGCUUGGAUCCUGGAGACGCCCGCUUUGUGGAAGCCAUCCACACAGAUACCGACAAUCUGGGUAUCCGGAUUCCUGUCGGCCACGUGGACUACUUCGUCAACGGAGGCCAAGACCAACCCGGCUGUCCCACAUCCAUUUACUCAGGUUGCAGUUAUCUGAUCUGCGAUCACAUGCGGGCUGUGCAUCUCUACAUCAGUGCCCUGGAGAAUUCCUGCCCGCUGAUGGCCUUUCCCUGUGCCAGCUACAGGGCCUUCCUUGCUGGACAAUGUCUGGAUUGCUGUAACCCUUUUCUGCUUUCCUGUCCAAGGAUAGGGCUGGUGGAAGAAAGUGGUAUAAAGAUAGAGCCGCUUCCCAAGGAAGUGAGAGUCUACCUCAUGACCACUUCCAGCGCUCCGUACUGCGUGUAUCACAGCCUCGUGGAGUUUUACUUGCAGAAGCCGAGGAACAAGGACACCAACAUUGAGGUCACCUUCCUUAGCAGUAAUGACAGCUCCCCGGUCAAGAUCACUAUACCUAAGCAGGAACUCCAGGGGAAAGCAGUCAUGGCCCAUGCCAACCCACAGUGCCAGAUAAACCAAGUGAAACUCAAGUUUCAGCCUUCCAGCCGGGUUUGGAAAAAAGACCGGACUACCAUUGUUGGGAAGUUCUGCACUGCCCCUUUGCCCGUCAAUGACAAUAAACAGAUGGUCUGCUUACCUGAGCCAGUGAACUUACAAGCAAGCGUGACUGUUUUUCAUGACCUGAAAAUAGCCUGUGUAUGAUGUAAGCCUGGGCAGGACACAUCUCCUUGGAUUUUCUUGAGUGAGGUGUGGUGAGGGUGUGUGUGUCUGUGCAACUCUUUCUACACCAUCGCCACUAAGGAGGAAGGCAAAACUCUUGGUUAUUUUCCCCAUAAUGAGCUACCUUGGAGGGAAAAGAUGAUUCAUUUUACAGAACUUGAUUUCCAUUGUCAAUCGAACAUAGAUACCAUUUUAGCUUUCCUCUUCAUGCUUAACUACAAUUACCUCAUAUCUUUGGGCAUCUAUACUUAGGAUUCAAUAGACACACAUACAGAAAGAAAAGUCUUAAAAAUAAAACUUCAUGGAAUAUCUGAA